CCCCUCCUUUUGUUCCUUGCCAGAUGGAGGGGAGAGUCCGGACUUGGGACGGGAGGUUUUUGUGAGGACUUCAGCCUUUGUCUUUUCGCUGUCUGUCGGUGUGCUCCUGGACGUUCCGACAUUCACUUCUGUUCUUAUUCCGCCCCAAAUCCUUGAGCCACACCCAGGGUCCCAACCUGUCUGUCACCUUAGGCUGUUCGUGUUGCUCAAGUGGUUGGGGAGACUAGUUGCCGGGGUGAGAUGGUCCGGUCUCUGCCAAGGUCGCUAGUGGGCGGGAAGGCUGAGUCAAGUUUGUGAUAGAGCUGAAGGAAUUCUUUGUUUCUACUUUUGUUUCUGUUUUGAGGUCUGUGGAGAGAAGGAAAGAAAGUCCUUGCAGUUGAAAUGUAGAAGAUACAAGAAGUGUGGAGUUGAAGAUACUGGAAAUACAUCUGGCUCUAACUUUUCUCUAAGCUAGAGGAUGAGUCACCAGUGGACACAAGAGGUUGGAAACAUCUGACUUGACUGCAAACCCUGGUGUAACUUCUAUUUCUAUAAGUUGGAGCCAAAGACCACAAUGAGUACGAGAAAGCGUCGUGGUGGAACAGUAAGUUCUAGACAAGCCCAGAAGCGGACUCGGGAAGCAGCUGCCACCCCUGAGGUUUCCUUGGAAGCGGAACCCAUAGAACUUGUGGAAACUGCUGGAGAUGAAAUUGUGGACCUCACCUGUGAAUCUUUAGAACCAGUGGUUGUCGACCUGACGCACAAUGACUCUGUGGUGGUCGUUGAUGAAAGGAGGAGGCCAAGGAGGAAUGCAAGAAGACUGCGCCAAGACCACGCUGACAGCUGUGUGGUGAGCAGUGAUGAUGAGGAACUAUCCAGGGACAGGGAUGUGUUUGUCACCACUCACACUCCCAGAAGUGCCAGGGACGAGGGAACCACAGGACCCAGGCCCUCUGGUACUGUCAGUUGUCCAAUCUGCAUGGAUGGAUACUCCGAGAUUGUGCAGAACGGUCGUCUGAUUGUUUCUACAGAAUGUGGCCAUGUCUUCUGUAGCCAGUGCCUCCGUGAUUCCCUUAAGAAUGCUAAUACUUGCCCAACUUGUAGGAAAAAGAUUAGCCACAAACGGUACCACCCCAUUUAUAUAUGAAAUGGUCAGAGCUGCUCAGGAGAGAGCAACGGACAGACAGACAGCCACUUGGGCUCUCCACAUGGUAUCUGCCUCCAAUCUCCUGAGCUCAAAAGGACUCAAAACCAACCACGGAUUUGAAAACUGCUCUUUGGUUUCCAACACCCUUAGAUCUUUCUGUUAUCCUGUCUGAUGCUUUGGAGCUGGAUCCAGGGCCCUCCCAGCCCACUGUGCAUCUUGAUCCACUCCUCUCGAGUGGGGGAAAAGGAGACAGGCAUGAUUGAGGUGAGCUUUGUGACUCCAGCCUCUUUCUAAGGAGCCUGCGCAUUUGCCAAGAAGUUUCCCCUCGCGGGAACGCUUGUCCCAACUCUCCUGAAUGUGGGACCUUUCCAGACAUCUGCCAGUCGACCAGUCUGCUAACAAUGACGCAGCCAGACAUGGGCCAUCAGGCCCAAAGUCUAACCACUGGACAUUUUUCUUUCUUCCCUUGAGAGUCAGAGGUGACCUGUCAUUCUGCCUGCACCCUACUGUUGAUGCAGUGUUUUCUGCAAACCAAGAGAACCUCUGCAGGGCAACCUGUUUCCUAAGAACAAGAAAGUGCAAUAAAGCCCGCUCUUCACCUGCUCUUGGGCAGCCCAGGAGAAGUAGCACUGCUCAUGUCCUCAGCCCAGUGUUGCCUGUGGAGCAGUGCCCGUCUCGCCCCAUCUCUGUUCACCAACUGUUCUCAGGAACCUUAACCAUGUUCCAAAGUUACUCACCUGGCACAGGACAUGCAAGGCCAAUAGGGCAGUCAUGUUUGGAUGUCCCCUCUUCUGAUAAAAAUACGUCCUGUGUGGGCCAGAUGCCCUGCUGUCCUCAUUUCCCACUGCCUAAUACCUGCCUGUCUGUAGGUAGCAGGAGUUGGUGGCAGUCAUUGUGGCCUUCUCAGCCGCUCACUGUCCGUACAUUUCCCCAAGUCACUGGUGCCCAGUAACAGACGUCAGCCCCCUGACCUGACAGAUCCCUGGGCUUUCUCACCUCCCUCCCUCUCUCCUGGUUGACACUUCAGAAGCUGCUCUUCUGGCCAAUUGGGUUUUGAUCUGUUGGGUUCUAGACUGCGCCAUAUAUUUUGGUCAAAGUAUGGUGGUUCUUUCUCCCCACCAGGCCACAUAACCCUCUGUUCCACUCUACAGGCGUGGGAAACUUGGGUUCUCUAAGGCAUCAAGGCAAUUGCAUUGUCUCCAAGAGCACCGGGCAUGGGGUAGCGUACAGGGCAGAGGACUUAAGGGCCAGCUACCCUCACUCCACGCUUCUCCUUCAGAGGGCAAGCCAGACCAACAGCCUUUUGGUGUGUGACAUUGUUAAGGUGGGAAAGGGACCACUUGGGGCUUUGUUAGCAAUAACCGACCUUCAGUUUACCUUUCUGAAGGAGCAGGGACUCAGCACAACAUUCACUUUAAAUGGCUGAAGGAGUAUCCCUCCUCUGGGGGAAAAAAAAUUCUUUCCAUGCUCACUUUUUAGCUGUUUGACCUGUUUCCACUUAGUUUGAGUGAGAGUAGUGAGGGGGGCACCACUCCUGCCGUGAUGGCGCAGGUCUGCCUUGGGCUUGGACACCAUGCCUCUCAGUUCCCUCUGGGCUUCAUGAAGUGCUCUUGCUGGGUCCUCACGAUCCCCAGACUCCAGCAGCCAAGGCGACUCUGCAGCCAGGUGACCUUUCAAUACGGCAACAUUUUGCUUUAUGUUUAAUCUUCUAAAACACCCUACGUGGUUGAUUCUAGAAGUUGUAUUCAUCCUAAAUUAAGUUGGGGAAAUGGUGUUUAAUUCUAUUAAUCAGAAAGUGCAAACUAGGGAAAGGUUGGUAUGAAAAAAUUCUUUUUCCUUUCCUCAAUCAGUGUACAUAGUUCAACUCUUUGUUACAUUUAACUAUGCCCAUGGACAUCAGUCUGUUUUGGACUGCUCUGCUAGUGUUAAAGAUGGAAAUAAACCAUUAAUUUGAACCAAAAA